CUUCUCGCUGGCUGUCAUGAAUAUUCUGGUGCCAGUUAUUGGCCAGUUAUUUAUCCCAGUUGCUUCUGGGCGUCUUUUCAUCCUUCAUCACUCUUUUCUUUCACUCUUUCCUUCACCAUACAACGUCUCGUCCUCAUGGUGAAGCUGACCCUCAUAUCCCCCAAAGGCAACAAUGGUGUCCGCUUCUUUCCUUACACUGGCUACCUCGGCUUAACCUCUCUCAAGUUUGAAGGAGUCGUCCGAACUGAAAUCGAGCAGGAUGGAAAACUUCUGCCUGCCAAAGAUGUCACAGUAUUCGUUCGAUGUUACGAGUUUCGGCAAGGUCGGUUGGGCACAAUACAGGCCAAUAUCUUGGUAGAAUCCUCUGUCACAUUAUGGAGGAAACCAGAAGGUCAGGAUUGGGCAGAGAUCGGAAACGUGGAAUACCCAUUCCGACUUUCCAUGCCACUUCAUACUUCUGGUCCCAGCACAGCUCUUUACUUUCAAGAGUAUCGAAUAUGUUGGCGAAUUGAGGCCGUGGUUAAUCAUGCUCCCGUUCCGGGUGUUGGUUCCCGCUUGCUUAAACAUUACGAUCUCAAUUUGAUCCGCCACGACCUACCCGGGAGCGUGUCUCCUCCCUCACCAGUAACACCGCCACCAACGUCCUAUCUGUCCUCCUUGAGCACCAAGUCUAGAGGACCUUCACUCCGUUAUCGUAUUUUACUGCCCCCUACACCUGUUGGCCCCCUCGAUAUCGUUUCUCUACAAGUCACUGUGCAACCACUCGAUCCGGCUGUAUCCAUCCGCAGUGCGACUGCCGUCGUUGAAAGAAGAAUACAAUUCUCCGAAUCCCCAAUAUCUCCCCCUGGUGCUUUGACCCCAUCAGCCCCUACAUUGUCUUCACACUCACACCCCACACCAAAUCAAGAAUCACACCCUCAUGAUCACCGCUCUGUCACAAUGAACUCCGGCGACACCACAUCUGCAGAGUCAUCUUACAAUGACCUUUCCUCGUCCUCGAUAUCGCAUAGUGAUACCAGACCUCUUCUGCCACAACGUCAAUCGACCGUCCCUAGUGCCUCGCCCUUGGCGCACGCGAGCGACCGGACAGCGACGCACAUUUUUGCUCAUCUUGAAUCUUCCCAUCGCUUCACUCGGGAUUCUACUGGAACCUGGCGUCAGACACUCACCUUUUCUUGGCCCGAUGCCAGAUCCAAUAGCCGAUGGACGAUUGGAGAAACCCUUCGGACUGACAUGACUUCUGUCAAAUUUUUUAUUCGCGUCAAGUUGAUCGUCUCCUCCCCCAAUUCAAGCGCUGAAACGGUUGAGCUCGACGACAAAGAAAUCAUUGUAGUCUCAACCAACGAUGCUCAGCGUCAAUUGGCUCUUUCGCGCUAUUCCGCCGCAAGGGAGUCUAAGUCUAGGUCCCCCAAACGAUCAAAGCGAAAUCGUCCAAAUACAAAUACUCAACUGCCAUCACCACCUCGCAGCCCUCCUUCAGUUUCCAACGUACCAGAAAAUGCAUCCGUCGCCCCUAAAGGUAACCAUGAGCCUGAAAUAUCGCUUGAGCAUAUCCACAAGAUUUCAUCUGCAUCGUCCCCACAAUCCGGAAGCAAGUACAACGUAAAGUCUACGCGUAGACCCCACACUUCUGCUGGGCCACGGGACACGCCACAUGGGUACGAUUCGCGAGGAUACAACCCUCUUCAGAAUCAUAGCAAUCGACUCGCUGUCCCUCUGCGCCCCGAAACCGCAUACCACAGUGGACCCACGACUGAUGGACGCGUCACUCGUGGUGCUUUCAACCAGAAGUGGGUUGAAGCCCCACGACUUGGCGGUUCUAGUACAAACGUGAGCUCGGAAGACGUCCACUCGUCAAUGCCUGGAAGUCCUCCACGUGCAGAAGGCAGCUUGUUGUUCGAAGUUGGGCAAGUGGAAAUGCGUGCGUGGGAGGAGGAACUAGCAAGAAUAGAAUUGGUGAGCCGCAAAAGCACUGCGGAUAUGAUGGAUUUUGUGUCCCAGCGCAGGAAGUUGAGCGGCCAACAAGUCAUACGGACAUAUGUGCACGCGGACCGCUGAGCACACGGAUUCUCUGCAUUCUACACUACUUAUCGCCUACUGUUUUCCGCUGUCGUGCUUUCCCUCUCUAGCAUAGGUUAUCUCUGCAUAGUUGUUGUUUCAACCACCAAUACCGUCAUCGACUUCAUACCAGCACGACUCACUGUAGAACGUCCAACUCUACUAUCAUUGCAUAUUACUUAUCAGUUUCGUUGGCGCAUGUCCUCGGAGACCGUUCUAAUGAGAUAUACCGACCUUGGUCUUACCAAGGCAAGACAUGUAUAGCUGAUGUGUUGUGUGACUGCAG